AUGGUGGGAGUCAAUGACUGCGUCGAGUCCAUCGGCGCGCUGCUCAAUCUAACCUUUGAUUUGCGGCAUCCGCUGGAAGAUGCCGAUGCCGAGGCAAGCGCAGUGGCCUGUUUGCACAUUGCACAGCGUGACGAGAUGGACGAGACCAUCGCGGCGUACGUGGACGAGGGCGUGCCGUUCAUUGCAGCAGCCUUGGAUAGCGGCUCCGUCGCCAUAGUCUUCUGCCAGGCCGGCAUCUCGCGAUCGGCGACAGCGGUGCUUGCCUUCCUGAUGAUUCACGGCUUUCCUGACGAUCCUGAGCGGCAGGUGCCGCGGACGCUGGCGGACGCCAUGGACAAGGUCAAGGCAGCGCGGCCAAACAUUGGGCCAAACGCCUCGUUCAUCGCGCAGCUGCUCGAGCUGGAGGCUGAUCUGUUCGCGCAGGAUGCUGACUAUCAGCCGUCGCUCGAGCCUGCAGCUUAUGCUGCGGCAUCGUUGCAGGCCAUGCUUCCCGACUCGCUGUCGCUGGCUAUCGUCCGUGCAGCAGUCGAUGCCCACAUUGCGACAACACCGGGCUUCUCGUUCAAGUCGGCCGACGCGGUGAACGCGCUCGUCACAUCACUUCUUGAUGCUCUCCUCUGA